UAUUAUUUUCCUAAAUUGUGUAUAUUACAAUGAUUAUUAUGGAUAAAUUGUGUAAUACAUUAAUUAUUUUUAUGAUUAGAAUAGUUAUAGGGGACUUGAUUGCAUUAAUUCAAAAAGUAGAGGGAUUGAAAGAACUUAAAUUGACGUAUGAGGACUAAAAAGGCAAAAUGAAAUAAGUACAUGGAUUAACAUGGGUAUUCUACCAAUAAAAUAAAUUUUUUUUACCUCAGCAAAUUGGAAAGUGAAGGGACACAAAACGAAAUAUUCAGAGCUGGUUUCUUGAUUAGAGUUUAUGGAAAAAUCAGAGAAAGGAUGAUGACAGUAAGAGAACAAAAUCUAAAGGCUUUAGCUGCAUUUAUGGGUCAAGUUAUGCUAGAAUCAAUUUCUCUUGAUCCAUCACAGAUGAUUAUAACAUCUGGUGCAACAUCGGCAAUCGAGACGCUUAGCUUCUGUCUCGCUGACCCCGGUGAUGCAGUCCUUAUUCCCUCGCCGUAUUACAUAGGAUACGAUAAGAAUCUAAAGUGGCGAGCAGGAGUAGAAAUAAUCCCUGUCCCAUGCCGAAGCAUUGAUAACUUCAGGUUAAGUAUCUCCUCCCUGGAACUAGCAUACAAUCAAGCAAAGAAACGAGGUAUAAAAGUUCGAGCAAUUUUUCUCUCGAACCCUUCGAAUCCUGUAGGAAAUCUGAUUGACCGGUAUACAAUGCAUGAGCUCCUAGACUUUGUCACCGAGAAGAAUAUCCAUUUGGUGUCAGACGAAGUUUUUGCCGGAUCAAAUCACGGAACUGGUGAGUUUGUGAGCAUUGCAGAUGUUGCGCAUACAGAAGGAUUUGACAAAAGCAGAGUGCAUAUAAUAUAUGGUUUGUCGAAAAUUCUUUCACUUCCGGGUUUUCGAAUUGGAGUCAUCUGUUCUUUCAAUGAAAAUGUCUUACAGACUGCUAAGAAGUAUGCGAGAUUUUUUUCUGUUUCAGUGCCAACUCAAAGAUUGCUUGUUUCAAUGCUUUCGGAUGUGAAUUUCGCUUUGAAAUAUAUCGAAAUCAAGAAGAAGAGGCUUCGGAGAAUGUAUGAGUUGUUUGUCGAGGGAUUGGAACAGCUCGGUAUCAAUUGUUUUCCGAGCAGUGCAGGCUACUAUUGUUGGGUUGAUAUGAACAAUUUAAUGCGAUCGAACAACGAGAAGGGUGAGCUCGAGCUGUGGGAUAAACUGUUGACUAUAUCGAAGAUCAAUGUAACACCGGGAUCAGAAUGCCGUUGUGUUGAACCUGGAUGGUUUCGCAUUUGUUUUACAACAAUUACUGAGGAUGAUAUUCCUGUAGUCAUGGAAAGGAUCAAAAGAAUCACAGAAAACAAUAAAGGUUGAAAAGGAGAUACGAUUCAACCUUUCUAAAUUCCUCGUAUAUUUGAUAUCGGUAAUUUAUGUGGUGUUUGAUCAGAUGUAAUAAUAAAUACAACAGGUAAAUACUUGUAUUUGGAAGUUGGAUUUUAAAAUUUUAUAUUUGAUUAGAUGUAUUUGUAAAUUUGAAUUUGUAUAAUAUAUGUUUAAUGAGAUACGAUUGAGGUAUAUGA